AUGGCAGACUUGGAAAAUAUGCUUCUUGAGGCAGCUGGAAGGACGAGUUCUCCGGUGAGAAAGCGGCACAAGUCUCGGAACUCGAAAUCAAAACGUGAGGGUGGUGCGGCAUUCUCCGAUGGUGGAAGUCAUUCUAGAGAAGAAGACUCUGAUGAGGGUGCAAACAAGAAACCACAGAGGUAUUCAUCCCAUGUUCCACUGAAGAAGAGAUUAGACGUCAGCAGAAGAAGUAGUAAUAAUAGUAAUCGUAAUGAGCAUGGUGGGGCUGACUUGGAGGAUGGAGUUCCCGAUAGAGAUGGUGGCAGCAGUGAUGAAUCUGAUGUUGGAAGUGAUCUCUACAAGAACGAAGACGACAAACAGAAGCUCGCAAAUAUGACAGAACUUGAACGGGAGAUGAUUUUGUCUGAUAGAGCAACCAAAAAAUGUGAAAAGGAAUUCAAAGAGAAAAUGAGAUCGAAGAGGGAAAACAAAAAUGCAAGUGCAGAGACUGGUUCUGCAGCAAAUUCAUCUUAUCAUCCAUCAUCUGCCAAGGUUCGUUCAUCGGCUAGAAAUGCUGAGAGGACGGCCUCCAAGGGAGAUGUUCUAAGUGAAUUGCGCGCGAAAAGGAUGAAGCAACAAAUCUUGGACCCUCAUGAUAAAUUGGGAAAGGCUUCAGGAUCAGGCUCAAAUAGCAAGCAGAAACCUGGGGUCACGGCAAGUCCAAGUAGCUCUAGUCAGAGUGAGAGUGUUAUUCGGUCUGACAGUGAAAGAGACUCGUCUGACGAUGGUGGAUUGGGUGACAGCGAUGAUGACAAGAACAUUCAUGAAUCAAGGAUGCCAACUUUUGAGAACAUAAGGGAAAUCACCAUUAGGAGGUCAAAGCUCGUGAAGUGGUUGAAUGAACCAUUUUUUGAGGAGUUAAUUGUUGGAUGUUUUGUGAGAAUUGGCAUAGGAAAGUCAGAAAGGGGACCUGUUUACAGGCUCUGCACAGUGCAGAGAGUUGAUGGAGGUGACCCAAAUAAGCAUUACAAGGUAGAGAAUAGAGUCACUCACAAGUAUCUAGUCUGUGUGUGGGGAAGUGAGAACUCUGCUAAAAAGUUUCAGGUGGCUGUAGUUUCAGAUUCUGCACCCUUGGAGAGAGAGUUCAGACAGUGGGUUAGAGAAGUUGAAAGAACUUGCAGCCAAAUGCCGAGUAAGAUGAGUGUGUUGGAGAAGAAGGAGGCCAUAAGAAGAACAAGCGCUUAUGUUUAUUCAGCCGCUACUGUGAAGCAGAUGCUAGAGGAGAAAAAAUCAGCCCCAUCUAGGCCACUGAACAUUGCAGUGGAGAAGGAUCGUUUGAAGAAUCUGUUGGAGGUUGCAAAGUGUAAGAAUGAUGAAGCAGAGAUGGAUAGGAUCUUGAGAAAGCUCGCGGAUUUGGAAGCAUCUCGUAAAUCCCGGGAGAAUGAUGCCAAGGCUUUGAGGCUGGCUGAGAUGAACAGGAAGAACAAGGUUGAGAACUUCAAGAACUUGUCUGAGCAUAAACAGUUGAAUGCCAAUUUGAAAGCUGGUGAGGAAGGCUAUGAUCCCUUUUCGAGGAGGUGGACAAGGUCGAGGAAUUACUACGGUAAAGAUACUGAAAAGAAUGAAGAUAAAGGAGAAAAGGAUGGUGAAGUUAGUAAGGGGGAAGAGAAAGAAGAAACAGCUGUUACAACAAAGAUUGGUGUUGAAGUCACAGAAUUGGCAUUGCAAGCAGCUGCUAAUGAAGGGAAGUUGAUUGAUACCAAUGCUCCUGUGGAUGGUGGAACAGAAUCAUACAUGCUCCAUGAUUUCGACUUGCCUAUCUCUUUGGCUGAACUCAAGAAUUUUGGUGGACCACAGGGACUCAAAAAUGGAUUUCUGGCAAGGAAACAAAAAAUAGAAGAAACAGUUGGGUGCCGGGUUUCUGAGAAUGAUGGGAGUAGGCAUGCACUUACAUUAACUAUCAGUGACUACAAGAGAAGAAGAGGACUUCUGUGA